UCAAGAAAAGUCAAAUUUUUCCAGAAAUGAACAAAAUCGAGAAACUCAUAGGGAAAUUAUUUACGAAAAUUGCUGAAAUUGAACGAGUUAAAAAGUUUCUAGUCAAGUAUAAACCCGAACGACCCAUGAAAUUUCCUUAUACAUUCUCUGCGAAAAUUGCACAGUUUCCGUUUAGGUAUUUGUAUGAAAAUAACAGAUUUAUCAGAUAUUAUCCACAUGCUGUUGUCUUAUCGAUCCCUAUUUUCUAUUAUUUUCAUCGCUUGGCAAACUCGCCAGCGAAUAAACAAAAAUGGGCCGAAAUCCGUCGUAAAGAACGAGAAAAGGUUCACUAUCACUAAAUAUCUUCCAUUUUCUCAUUAUAUUAGCACAGUAAUAAUAAUGAAAUAAAGUGGAAGGUAAACAAGUUUUUCCCUCCCCAAAACUAUAUAAAUUUUGUUACUUCUGGAACUAUAAAAGCCUGCUUCAUAAUAAAAUAGAUCAACAAUUCUGAAGAGGGCCAGCACAAAGACAACAUUGUAGAUUCAUUGAAAACGUCGAGCAAACACACAGAAGCACUUAACACGAUUUGCCUCUUACAAAGCUUCUAAAAUAAAACU